AUGGCGAUACAGCGGAGCAUGCGGUCGCUUCUGCAGGCAGUCGCAUUGCUAGUUCUGGUAUUUGUUCUGAUCACGGGGGUGGGGAUUUUCCAGUAUGGCGACAGUUUUCCGAGGACUAACUUUAGCCUUUCCGGAAAUUCAAAUUCAAGUCCAGCAGCGGAACCUGAAGAAGCCUCUAAAGAUCAACCGGCACACUCGCCGGACUUGACGCCUUCUUUGUCAUCCUCAACAAAAGGCAAUGCUACUCUACGAGCGCAAGCGCCACCAUAUAUCCGCGCAAUCAUGGAUCCGUUGGAUGUGACAUUCCCACGUCUGGAGUGCCCACAGCCAAACCUCGAGCGCUAUAACUACCUAGGGCGCGCGUCGGAACCCACAAUUCAUGCGCAACUCCCAAGGUACUUCUUUGCGCUCGACUUGUAUCAAUGCGUUGAUCUCCUUCCACGACUCAUUGGUUCAAUUUUAGAAACCAUGCUUUUCCUUGGUCCACCAAAUUGUGUGCUGUCCAUAGUUGAGGGAAGAUCGCACGAUGGCACCUUUGAAGUGCUUGAUGAGCUACGUUCCAACAUGGAACUUUUAGGAAUCAAAUAUCAUCUACAAACCAGCGAUAUCAACCCGUUGGCCAAAGGAACGGAUCGUAUUGAAGCGCUUGCUGAGCUUCGAAACCUCGCGCUCAAAGAUCUCAUGGAGCACCCGGAUCAUUACGAUAAGGAUACCACUGUCAUAUUCUCCAAUGAUAUUGCACCUUGUAUGGAGGACUUUUUAGAGUUAAUCCAUCAGCGCAAGUUUCAAGGAGCCGAUCAGACCUGUGCCAUGGAUUGGACAUAUGUUGGUGAGAGCCCAACUUUCUAUGAUGUCUGGAUUGCUCGGGGCAUGACAGGCGACUUAUUCUUCAAUAUCCCUCCCGAAAACGGCGCCUGGGACUUUGCAUGGGAUCUCUUCUGGAACGACGAAAAGUCAAAGUCGCGAUUUGCCGCCUCGAAACCUUUUCAGGUGUUCUCGUGUUGGAACGGCGUGACGGCAUUCACCGCCAAGCCGAUUAUGGAGAAGAAGAUCAAGUUUCGGGGGCACAUCGAGGGAGAGUGUUUUCAGGGAGAGCCGAAAUUAUUUGCCAAGGACAUGUGGUUUCACGGCUAUGCCAAGAUUGCCGUAGUACCAAGUGUUAAUGUGGAGUAUAGUGAUAAGGCGGCGAAGAAGAUCAAAGCACUGAAGGGCUACACUUACAGUCAUGUUGAGAAUGAAGACGAUGAUAUCAAGAUUAACUGGAAGACUUCACCGCCAGAGAAGGUGAAGUGCAUGCCUGAACAUACUCCCCAGUCUUUCAGGCCCUGGGAUGAGGGAUUGCGAUCGAAUGGCUCGACGGGCAGGACAUGA